AAUUUUGGUGCCUUUAGAAUAACAAAAAAAAAUUAUAAUCUUUUAAUCGAAGAGAAUUUCGACAAAUAUGUUUUUCUAAAUAAAAAACUAUGUUGCAGACAAUGAUUGUUUUAUUAUUAUAUAAAUUUCAAAAAUUGUUUAACAAAGAAAUAAAGUUAGAAUGAGAAAUGAUUGAAAGAGUUUCUAAACGAGCGUUUACUGGCUCCAGCGGAACGUAUCAUGUACGUGCCUCGGAACUUGCCGUUAUUCGCGAUCGACGGCUUAAAGUUAUUGGUCUUACUGUUGUAUUUCUAGAUGGAUCGACAAAUGUAUUCACUGUUGAGAAACGUGCAAAAGGUUCAGUUUUAUUAAACCAAGUGUAUCAACAUUUAGAAUUGUAUGAAAAAGAUUAUUUUGGUCUUCAAUAUUUCCCUAAUGGGGUAACAAAUGACACUUCAAAUUAUGAUAACAUUCGAUGGUUGGAUCCAACAAAAAGUAUUAAAAAACAGUUAAAUGGACGAACUCAAUUAUAUUUUCGAGUAAAAUUUUAUGUAUCCGAUCCAAGUAAAUUAAUUGAAGAAUUUACCCGUUAUCAAUUUUAUUUACAAAUUCGUACAGAUAUUGCAUGUAAAAAAUUAUUGUUGCCACCUAGUACAGCUUGUCUUCUAGCGUCGUAUAUGGCCCAGUCCGAAAUUGGUGACUAUCAUCCUGACGAGCAUGGCCCAAAUUAUUUAUCCGAAUUAAAAUUAAUACCUGAUCAAACUGAAGAUAUGGAACGGAAAAUAUGUGAACUUCAUAAAUUACAUAAAGGUCAGUCACCAGCUGAUGCUGAAUUCAAUUUUUUGGAUCAUGCAAAACGUUUAGACAUGUAUGGUGUCGAAUUACAUCAUGCACAAGACUCAGCUAACAAAGACAUACAACUAGGUGUCACAGCAAUUGGACUUGUUGUCUUCCAAAAUAAUAUUCGAAUAAAUACAUUUUCAUGGUCGAAAAUUGUUAAAAUAUCAUUUAAACGUAAACAAUUUUUUAUACAACUCCGUAGAGAACCGUCCGAAUCGUACGAUACAAUAUUAGGUUUUAACAUGCAUUCAAAUCGUUCAGCAAAAACAUUAUGGAAGGCGUGCGUUGAGCAUCACACAUUUUUUCGUUUACAUUCGCCACAUUUACGUGUACGCCGUUUUCCAUUAUCGUUGGGAUCUCGAUUCCGAUAUUCUGGUCGUACUGAAUCACAGACCGUGGAACAGGGUAAAUUGCGUUCACGCACUCCAUCACGUCCAUUUACACGAUCACCAAAUAAAAUUGCAACAAUUAUUAUACCAACCGUUACUCAAGUGGAAGAAACUAAAACUACAACAACAAAAACAAGUAGCUCUAGAUCACCGUGGUGCGAUAAUAAGGUGACAUCAUUAGGAUCGCGUGAACCUCGAAAAGCAUGGGAAGAUUCAAUACAGAUGUCAGAUGAUGAAGGAGGAUUUUUAGAACCACCUCCUUGUGUGACUACUGAUGAUACUCAAGCAUUUUCACCCCCAGCAAGUCGAAUAUUGGGUUAUGCUGAUGAUGAAGUUCAACCGAAUGGAUUAUACGAUACCCCACCUUAUAGCCUUAGUAGUUCUCCAGUGCCUACCGAUGGUUUGUUAAGUGUUAAAUUGACACCAGAUGAACAAGGCCGUUUUGGUUUCAAUGUUCGUGGUGGUUCUGAACACGACAUGCCAAUUUUAGUCUCACGUGUUGCCCCCAAUACACCCGCCGAUCGAUGUAUACCGAAGUUACGUGAAGGUGAUCAGUUGUUAUUGAUUAAUGGUCACGAUGUCACAAAUGCAUCACACAGUGCAGUUGUUUCGUUAAUUCGAGCUGCACGCGAUGGUAAAGGCGAACUUGUUUUAACAGUACGUCCUUUACCAAGUCCUGAAACAAUUAAAACGGGCUUAGAAGAACCACCGUAUUGUUAUGUACCUGAAAGUCCACAAGGCAUAUUAUUGGAUGAUAAUCGUCAGAUUAAUGUUUUGGAACAAUCGAUGUUGUUAUUGGCUGAUGGUUUAGCAAGUGGAGCUUUGAUCAAUCACUAUGAACAAUUGUAUAGAAGACAUCCAGAAUUGACUUGUAAUGAGGCACGACGUCCAGAGAAUGUUGAUAAGAAUCGUUACCGUGAUAUAUCACCAUAUGACGUAACACGUGUUGUAUUACGUAAUGGAGUUAAUGGCGAUUACAUCAAUGCUAAUUACGUUGAUAUGCAAAUUACAGGUACCGAUAUUGUAAAUCGUUAUAUAGCAACACAAGGCCCAUUAAGUACAACCGUGGAUGAUUUUUGGGAAAUGGUUUUAGAAACAGAUUGCUCAUUAAUUGCAAUGUUAACAACAUUAGUGGAACGUGGACGUGUGAAAUGUCAUCAGUAUUGGCCAAAUGUUGGUAGUAUAUUAACUUAUAGACACAUGAAAAUUACAUGUAAUGUGGAAACAUUUGAUGUCACAAAUAGUUAUGUGUUUCGAGAGUUGAAUUUACAUGAUAGUAUUACGAAUGUUAGUCGGACUAUUACACAUAUGCAGUAUUUAGCAUGGCCGGAUCAUGGUGUACCAGAUGAUACAGAACGCUUUUUACAAUUUACACAUCGUGUACGUGAAACACGUAAUCAAGAUCCAAAAACAUCGGUAAUUGUACAUUGUUCAGCGGGUAUUGGUCGUACAGGUGUAUUAAUAUUAAUGGAUACCGCUAUGUGCCUUGUGGAAGCGAAUCAACCUGUAUAUCCAUUAGAUAUUGUACAAACAAUGCGUGAUCAACGUGCUAUGAUGAUCCAAAAUGCGAGUCAAUAUCGAUUUGUAUGCGAAUGUAUUUGUGCGGCAUUCAGUCGUGGCGAAAUUAAACCAAGAAAAAAUGAUACCAGUUAAAAAAAGUUUUAAUUCUUGGUAAUAAUAUUUGUAAAAUUUGAUUUUUAAUCCAAAUAUUAUUUCUUGUAGUAGCCAAUGAUUGAUUUAAUUUUUGAAAAUAAUAUAUUUAUAUUAUGCGUUGUACGGAGUUUAGUUCAUGAUGUACUAAUUUAUAUAGAUAAUCCUGGGAGUAGUUUUCUAAGUCUUUUAUAAAUCUUGUUUUGAUUAAUUUCUCAUAUCGAUUUUCCGUCCGUAUUAUUUACAGGGUUUAUAUUUAUACAGUUUUACGACAGAUUUUCUUUCAUAUAGCACCAUUAUUGGUUGCUGUACUUUCGUUGCGAUUAUUUUUUACAAGUCUUUACA